AAUGUACAGACGCCUUUGAUGGCGGCAUGCUUGGCAGGCAAAGCCGAGGUGGUUGAUUUUCUGUUGAGUAAAGGAGCUGAUUACACGAUAGGAGAGAAAGAUGGGUACUUUCCGCAUGAUGGAGCCGGGUUUCAAGGGCGACCCGCAGUUACAUCGGUGCUAUUGAAGCACAAUAUUUCUCCAGACUACGUCCACCGCGAUGGGUAUCCGCCGAUUUUCCGAGCGGCCUGGGGACGUACGGACAACCACGCCGAGGUGAUCAGGAUCUUGAUUGAUGAAGGCGGUGUGUCCCCAACCAUCACAGACGCCCGUGGUAUAUCCUUAUUGGAUGUCGCCAGCCGGACGGGUAUUGAAAAAACAGUUGAGGUCGUGCAAAAGGCCAUUGCCUCCCAGAAAGGGUCGCCGAAAAAUGAACUCUGAACCGUGAUGCUAUGUACUUGAUUUUGAGUCACUAUUAAGAUCCGACUUUCAAAAUUUCGCUAUUUCCAAUUUGGUCACGGUGUAGUACUUAGUGUGUCGUGUUUCACGUGCAUUUUUUCCAUGGCAGGUCCCGAAAUAUAGCAUAUUUCGAGGAGUUGUACCUACUGGAUAGUUAUAUAAAACAGUAGUAUCAAUACAUACGUUGGACAACUCGUGUCCAUCCUGCAAUGACAGUACAAAUCAUCCCACUUCAUCCUCUUAACGUUACCCAAGAUAUAAAUUGGAGGUGAUUUCACUACUACAUUCGAAUUCAACUUCCGGUGUCGAGUGUAGCUAGGCACGAAUGAGUUUUCCUAUAUGCUCAAUAAACCGCACGAAAAUUGUCG